UAAGUAAACAUAUCUCAAUAACAAUUGUUUAAUUUAUUAUUAUUCACGUUCAAUAGUAAAGUCGGCAUUACUGCACUUGAUAGUAUAAAAUAGUAAACAUAAUAUGUUUCGAUAUUUAAAAUCACUAACACCAGGUUUUUCUGAGUUAACUCAAAUGCGAAUAAAAAAAGAGGUACCUGCUAGAAACUGCUGAUAUUUAUCAGUCAAUAUCACGGCUCUCUUUAAGUAAUGUUAAUAGACCUUUUUUAAGAUAUAUCGGACGCUGCCGACUUCACCGGAGAAGUGAACUUUACGAAUGCACAUAGUGCAAUGAAAUGCAUGAAAUUCUGCCGUUAAAGAAAAGGUGAUAUACGCAUGCGUGAGUUUCGAUAUUAUUUUACGAAUAAUUUUCCAUGGAAAAUAAACACAUGGCGAAUUUCCUUCCCCCAUUAUAUUGAUCACUUAAUCGCCGCUCUUCUCGGAAGUAGGUGACAAAGUAUGUAUCGAUCGCUAUUAUGUGCUAUCUUAUACUCCGUUUAUAUUAUUAAACAAUUUACAUGACAACUUACUGUGGUAGAGAAAAAUUAUACAAUUUUAUAUAAUGUUAUUAUAUGAUUAUAUAAUUCGCAAGUGCUCCUAUAUGCGAGAUGAUGUUUUACGAACCGUCCCAAAAUAGUUUGCAGUCAAACGUAACUCGAUAACCACAGGAUCAUGUAUAAAACGCGUAUCUUGGUCCAAGAAUAUUUCAGCUUGAACAGGAUUGCAUUACUCGCUGUUGGCUUGUGGCCUUAUCAACAAUCAAAGUUUGCUCCAUGUCAGGCAGCAUUGUGUCUUAGUAUUUUGACAAGCUUUGUCAUAUUCGUGCUUUCAAGACUUUGUUUUGUAGAAUAUUCCUUCGAAUUUACUAUUCAUUUGCUUUCUAUAUCAACGUAUUAUACUUUCUUCCUGAUGACUUAUAUCUCCUUUUGGAUUAACAUAGAAACUAUAAGAUAUUUAUUGGAGCAAUUUCAAUACAUCUACAACAGACUAAAGGAUUCGAACGAAAUUGCGAUCUAUAACAAAUAUGGAAACAUUGCAAAACGAAUAACGCUCGCCUGUAUAUUUGGAAUAUGCAAUCAUGCUUAUCUUACUGUAAUACAAUGUUGGCCAUACAUUUGUGAUAUGAUUAUGCCCAAGAAUGUGACCUAUGCGCGCCACCUCAUAGUAACUGUGACUACAUACUUCGCCGUACAGGAAAGAUAUUUCUAUUUAUUGCUCCUAUAUCUAAACGCAGUUUUACCUGUAGGAACAGCUGUAAUUUUAGCGGUAGCAACAAUGGUGGUCUCAUGUUUCAAACAUAUCUGUGGAAUGUUGAGAAUUGCUAGCUACCGCUUUGAACAAGCAAUAACUGCUACGUUACAAUGUAUUACUAUAAAAAAUGAAACCAUGAUUUACAAGGAGUUUAUCUGUGCCGUGGACAUUCAUCGCAAAGCUAUGGAGAUUGCCAAAAUUGUUGUGGGCGACAUGGAACGAUCACUUUUCAUUGUAACAAUUAUUUCUGUGCUUUGUAUGAGUUUGAAUCUUUAUGCAAUAUUGCAAGUUAAAUCUCCUAUGCAAGAAACCGAAAAGAUAGUAGGAUAUCUUUUUACUAUCAUUUGUCUUUUUCUAUAUAUGUUUCUAACCAACUAUGCUGGACAGGAAAUUACGGAUUGUAAUGAUCAUAUAUUUCUUAUGGUUUACAAUGCUCCAUGGUACUUAGUACCGUUGAAGAUACAGAAGUUGAUCUUGUUCUUAUUACAAAGGAGUAACAAAGCUUUCACAUUGAAUAUUGGUGGAUUAUUCACAUUAUCUAUAGAGAGCUUUGCGUCGCUAGUAAGUACAUCAGUAUCUUAUUUCACUCUUAUGCUAUCUCUCCAAGACUAACGGAAGUAUAUGUCCAAUAUCGUAUAUUAGAACACAGUAAAUAGAUAUAAAACUAAAUGAAAAUGCUGACAUUCUCUUGUCCCAUUGAGCUUAAAAAAUUAGGAAGUUGGUAAGAAAAUUGGUAGCAUUUUUCUUUCAAAACUAUAACGACAUGCAGAAAGCAAAGAGAAACAUUACUUGAUUUGUAGGUACAAUCAGAUAAUCUGAUAAAAUCAGGUCUGAAAUGUUUCUCACAGGAAACGUAUAAAAUUUAUCAUUAGAAUAAAAGUUGCAGAUAAGAAGAAAUGAAAUGGUGAUGAUUAAAAAGUGAAAUAUUAUAGUUAUUUAACUAUUACGUUAUUUAAAUAUUAUUAUAUAAAUGUUAUGUAAAUUAUUAUUAUAAAUAUUAUAAAUAUUACAAUUAUAGCCUUUUAAAUGUUAAUAAAUAAAUUAAAUAUUACGUAUUCAGUGAUGGGGCUUGUGAAGAUAUUUUAAACAAAUACGUAAGCAUAUCUCAAUAAAAAUGUGUAAUUUAUC